AUGACACCACAUCCAUUAAUUGAAAAUCCAAUAAAUGAUUAUGAUUAUAAAUUAAAACUUAAAUUAAAUUUUAAUUCAAGUUUUCGAACUUUACAUGAUUCAAAAAAACAUGAUCAUGAAAAACAUUUCAUUUUAAAUAAAUGGAAAGAAGUUUAUUCAAAGAAAUGUUGUUUAGAAGAUUUAUCAAAUGAAGUGUUUUAUGAAGUAUUUGAAUAUAUGGAUAUUUACCAUGUCUAUGAAGAAUUUUUUAAUCUCAAUACACGAUUUCAAAAUUUACUUGUGAAUUCAAAUGUUCCAGUUCAUAUAAAUAUUUCAACAAUGUCUAAAUCAAAUUUUGAAUGUGCACAAUCUUUAAAUAAUGUUGCUGAUCAUUUAAUUAUUUUACCAAAAUUACAUUCAUUAACUAUUAAUAACAUUGGUUAUAUUCAAAAUUCAACUCUCUAUUAUAUUCGUAUACUUCGUUUACCUAAAUUGAAAUAUUGUAAAAUUAAAUUCGAAUCAAAAGAUGAUGUAGAAUUAUUACCUAAAUCUACUGAUAUAUUUAGUCCAAUUGAAUGUCUUGUUAUUAAUCAUUAUUUUCGACUUCAAUCACUUAAUAACUUAUUAUCAUAUCUGCAACAACUUCGACAUUUAUCAAUUAAUUAUCUUAAUGGAUUUGAUUUACAACAUAUAGAAUUCUAUCCUAUCGUAUUAAAAAAUUUAAAAUAUAUUUCACUUGAGCUUGAUUUAGUUCCUUUUGAUCAGCUGGAAAAAUUCAUAAAAAAUUCCUUUUAUUACGUCGAAGUUCUACGUCUUACAAUAAAAGCUGAUUUUACAUAUUUAGAUGCAAAAAAAUGGGAACAAUUAAUAGUAUCUUACAUGCCAAAUCUACGUGUAUUUGAUAUAAAUCAUGAAGGUUCUGAACAAAUUAAUCAACUAACAUAUCAUAAUUUAAUUAAUCAAUUUAAUUCGUCAUUUUAUAUUGAAAAAAAAUGGUGUUUUACUCAUCAACAUUAUUGGCAAGAAACUGUUAAAAGUGGAAUAUUUUAUUCAACAAAUCCAUAUCGAAGAAAAGACUAUACAUUUUAUUGGGAAUUUGAUGAACAAGUUUGUUCAUAUAUUCAAGAAAAUAAUUUAAACUCGGUUAAACAUCUUCAUAUUUGUAGUAAUGCAAUAUCAGAUAUUUGUAUAAAUUAUUUUCCUAAUGUUACUGAAUUAACUAUUACAAAUUCUUUUCAAAUAUCUGUUGAUCCAGUAUCAAAAACUCUUAGCCGAAUUGUUGCAUUAAAGCAAAUUACUAAAUUAGUUGUUGAACCUUACGAUUUUUAUUUCGAAGAAUUAAUUGAUUUAUUACGUUGUACAUCUAAUUUAUAUACAUUAAAAUAUGAUUUGAUAUGUUUUCGUCAAAAUACGGCAACAUCAAUUCAACAAAAGGAAGAAUUUCUUCAUUUAUCAAAUAUAAACAAAGUCAAACGUUUAGAUAUUCGUGAAACAUGUACAUUGAAAGAAAUUAAAAUGCUAGUUAAUUUAUUUCCUCAAUUACAAUAUCUUCAAACUGGAAUGAAUAAAAAAGAAAUUAAACAAAUUUUAACAUUUUUAUUAUCAAAAACUAAUAUGAAAACAAAUCAAUUGUUCUUUUUAUGUAUUAAAGAAAUACCUAAAAUGUAUUUACGAGAAUUAGAUAUGUUAAUUAAAUUUCAAAAUUUAUGUAGAGAUUAUUUUAUUAAAUUUAUUAACUCUGAUAUAUAUUUAUGGUGGUAG